AUGAGCCGCCACGCGGACAUCCCUGUUGGCAUUUCGGACAUGCGGCUCACGCAACUGGUAGCGUCCUUGAUCGAUGACUCGACGGCAACAGCGAUGACGCUUGCGCGUGACGCGUACGAUGUGACGUGGCGGCUCUCUUCGGCACGGCCAAAGCACGUUUCGGCGACAACCGAGUCGGUAGAGAGUGUCGUCGUCAGCACAACGCCCCAUCUACCAUCGGUGCAAUCGGUGCCGGGGCAAGAGCACCACCUUGUCGUCCGAAUCGGGAAGACACCGGUGCUGGACAACGUCAUCGAGCAGGUGUCGCUACAUUGCAACGCGAUUGGCGGGUCGUUUACGAUUGGAUUUCGUGGCGCCACGUCGGCACCGAUUCCGACGUCGAGUACAUUGGCGCAGCUCGCAGAUACGCUUUCAGCGAUGCCGACGCUGCCUAGCGUUUUUGUACCGUCGUCGUCGUCGACAACGGCGUCCAUCUGCAGCAAUACAGUCGUGUCUAUGUGGUUGAGUACACCGGCCAUCGUGCAGGUGAGCGUCGGCGCCACGGUGCAGCCCGCGAUCCAGACACUCCAACUGACCGUCCCGCUGCCACCGACAGGCAAUGUGACGGUGUUUGCUCAAUGGACGUAUGCGGGUGCGACAACGACGGCACCGCUGGUGCUUACACCGACGGCAACGGCACCGUUCGCAUCGGUGCUACAGCAGCAGCUGGCGGUGGCGUUUGCAACGAUCGGCGACGUGAUCGUGACGCCGUCGGCGCAAAACGUCCUUGGAUUGUUCACGUGGGAGAUCACGCAUAUAUCGCUGCAUGGACCCGUGAUACCGCUGGUCGUUCUCAACACGUCGGUCGUCGGCUCGUCGGCAACUGCGACACUGCUCCGGCCCGGAAACCGACGCAACGCGGUAGCGACGGUCGUGUCGCGCAAUGACCAAGUGCCGUUCAUGGGUACUUUUCGGCUCCAAAUGACCACCGCCACGGCGUCCUGGACAUCGACGCAGCUCGCAUGGCAAGUCUCGGCCGCCGAUCUUCAAAUUGCGCUUCACUGCAUACCAGCGCUCGGCGCCGUGCGUGUGACAUCAACGGUCGUCUCGAUGACAGAAACCCAUUGGCAAAUCACAUUUUUAACCUCGGCGGCGGCGUGGACAGUGGCAGUGCUCUGGAACGACGGCCGGUCCGUGCAAUCCUGCGGUGACUGCGUGACACCGACGUAUCCGUACACGCUCACGCCAGAUCCACAACUGCACGUCACGACGACGACACCCGAUGCAGCGUUCGAUGGUGCUUUCUCUGUGCGCUACAACGGUCAUGCCACCGAUCUCUUGCCACUGCGUGCGUCAGCGACCAUUCUUGAAAGUGCGCUGAAUGCCCUUCUCUCGGGUACACAGCAGGUGGUCGUGACGUCCUUGCCGAUGACCAACUACGUACAUCAGUGGCUUGUAACAUUUCUCUCGCUCAACCCAACGCCGACCCUUACAGUCGACACGACAAAUGUCUCUGGCUCGGGCGUCUAUGCGUCGAUCGACGCCGUCCAGACCUCGAUACCCGGCGCCAUCGGCAAUGUACCGUCGCUCACGGUGGGGCGCCUGCCUUCGCUGGUGUUUGCCGAUCCCAUCCAAGCGGUGUUGUGCUUUACGACCGUACGAAAUGGGUCCCACGCUGUUGGGGUGCCGUAUCAAGCACUGCAACUAUGUAGCACGUGCCUGCUCCAGUCGGCGCAACAGACGCUGCACUUGACGAGUUUGGUGCCCAUGGGCGGCGCCUACCACGUCUCGCUGCUUGGCGCAUCGGUCGUGAUUCCGAUCGCUGCGCCUCAGAGCCAAGUGCUGCUGCUGCUCAACACGCUUACCCGCGUCGUGUCUGUUGUCGUGACGACAACCCUCGGACUUGGCUACCAGUGCGUCAUCACCUUUGAUCCGAUCGCGGGUAUUGUCCCAAAACUGAGUGUGGCCGUGGCUGCCGUCACGGGGGCCAACGUCCAAGCUUCGGUAGUUGUAAACGAUGCCGGCAACGCUGUUGGCGGGACCUUUGCUGUGCGCGCCGGUGGUCGCACGACACGCCCGGUGGCGUUCAAUGCCGAGGCGGCAACGAUGCAACGAACGCUCGGCGCUCUUCUCGGCAGCAAGACAACGGUCGUCCGGUCGGCGAUUCCGACGAUUCCGAAUGGUUACUGCUGGGCGAUCACGUUCUACCCUGACGUAUCGAUCGACGUCGAUGUUGUCCGAGGAUGCAGUCCGACGCCGCUGGCUGCUUGCGGUCUCGUUGGCGCCGGCGCCGACAUCCAGCGUGUCGAGCUUCAAAGUUUUGAGCCACCGGAUAGCAUUUCCUUUGUUGCAGGCGACCAGACAACGAUUCGGGUACCCGUCGGCGCAUCGGCACCCGAUGUGCAACGGGCGCUCCAGGGCUUGCCGUCGUUCUCGUCGUCGGCCGUCGUAAAGGCGUCCGGCGUCACGAUGGACGAGUGGUACAUCACAAACUACUCGACGCCCGCCCAUCUGCAAGUCGUCGGGCACGGGCUCACGGCGACGUCCGCGUCGAUCGUCACGUUUUACAGGUCACCGCUCCGCCUCGUGGGCUCGAGUUUGAGUCUUGCGGCAAGCGCAGCGCACCUUCAGUACCAGCCACAUCUCGGGUUGUACAAUCAUCGUGUCGAUACCAUUGUCGUGACCACUGAGACGGCCGCGGCGUCAUUGGACGUCAUUGUCCCGCCAGCGUCCGCGGGCCAUCUCGUCGCGACCGAUCUUCCCCAACUGCUUGUCGUCCCCUUCACGGGUAGUAUGGGUGUGCCGAGUGUGGACCUUCGCUAUGUGGCAGUCGAUACGCUCUCGUCGAUGGUCACUGACGUGGCAGUAGCAGACACCGUGUCCGUUUCAGUCCAGGUGACGUCUGGUGUUCAGUUGGUCCUACCAUUCAACAGGAACGCUCACACGUGGACGUUCAACGGAACACUUGUGGGCGCCGUCGACGCGCUGCACCGUCUCCAGCUGCAGCGAUCCUCGCCGGCAACCGAUCCCGCCGUCGUUUUGUACCGUGACAAGGCUGUGCUACGCGUCUCGGCGGUGCUCGCGACCAACCCACCCGUGGCACUGACGGUGACGGCGCCUCAAGGCACUGUCUCUGGGACGAUUGUUCUCGGCUUUGAUGUGAACGGUGUUGUCGAUGCGGCAUGGUGCUCCCCACCGUCGCGCUGCCAGUGCACAACCGACGCUAUCGGGUACCCGUUCGUGGCGUCGGUGGUCGAAAGCGCGAUCGACGCCAUGACCGCGCGCUGCUCGCAAGUGCCGACGCAGAGCAUUCAGACACUUGAGAUGACGUUUCCAGUGCCGUUUGCUACCGUAUCGCCCGAGGCGGGUGCCUUCUCGCUGCAGUACGACGGGUACACGACCCAUGUGCUCUCGGGGCAGUCGACGCCCAGUGCCGUGCAAGCAGCGCUGUUAGCGCUGCCGUCCAUGGCCUCGAUGGUCGGCAAACUGGCCGUGACGACACGUGCCAUGGACGCGUAUACGCAGCAGUACAUCUUUACGUUCGACCCGUCGCUUGCGACUGUGACGCCGUUGACUGUAGCGACGUCCAUCUGGUUCCCGUCCAACAAUACGCUGACGUUUUCGUGGGUACCGCAGCCGUCGCUACGCCUGCAUUUCGCAGCUGCCGUCACCUGCACCGGCGACAGCUGUACGCUGCAAUUUCUCGCGGAUCUCCCCGUUCUCUCUGUCGCGUCCAGCACGCUCACGACAACCGUGGGCCGACCGCCGAUCGUGACCAUCACGGGUGGCGCGCCGCCUUCAUGGAUGAUCCAAAAGGUGCUCGCCGCCACACUCGGCGACAAUGUCGUCGUCACGACGAGCACCGAUGCCGGCGUCGUUGGCUGGCAAAUUACGUACAGCGCUGCGCACCACACGGUCCAUCCAACGCUCGACUUUGUCGACCUCCCGGUGCCCCAUCUGGCGGUGACAAUGACCAUCAUCGAUCCUGGAGUCAUCGUCGCCUGCAGCAAUCUCACACUCGUUGCAGCAACGACCUCCAACGCCGUCGAGCGCUCGAUGCUGCUUCGGUUGGACCCAGCACCCGCCGAUGCGACGAGUACGGAGCUUGAUGCGUUGUCGUUGUUGCCUUCCGUCGUGUGCUACACGACCGUGGUGUCCGGUGGCAGCCAGGUGACAACACUGCCAGGUACGCCAGUAGCCUUGUCGAGCCAUGUUCGACUCAUCUCCAACACCGCCGAUGCCGUCGUCAAUCUCGUCGUCACGACACUGCACGGCCUCGUUUGGGUCGACCUCCCGCAUCGAGACCUUGUCGAAUACGUUGUGGGGGCGCCCUCUGGGGAUCGAGCGCUGGAGCUGCGUGCGACGGCGUCGUCGCUUGUGCUCGCCUUGUCGUCCCUCUUGUACCAGGCGGCGACGUCGUACGCCGGGAACGACUCGGUGACGGUCGUCGUCGAUGGCAAUACGACGGUACCGACGGUGCUGUCAAUCAUUGUGGCACCCAUGGACGCACCACCAAGCAUUUAUUUGGAGCGUGCGUCAUUGCGACUUCAAGAAGACACAACGGAAAUGCUUCCGAGCGUCCGCAUCACUCCAUCGCCCAACUCUCGAUUGGCUGCCGUCUACAACAUCACACUCUCGGUUACCCACGGGACACUGAGCCACUUGGCGCUCGAUGCAGGCGCAACAGUGACGUUUCUAGCGUCAGCGGAGAACGUAUCGGCGAUGGUGACAUCGACAACGUAUCGACCGUCGCCCAACUACGCCGGUCUCGAUGCUGUCACGAUCGAUGUGCGUCCAAUCUCGUCUUUUGCGUCGACCGACGCUCCUGGGAUCGAAGCGAGUGCCGUCGUAGCUCUCCUGGUCGAAGCCGUGCCCGAUCCGAUUGUGCUAAGUCUCGCCAAAUCAGCCAACAGCACGAUAGUGGCGCAUGGCGUCGAGGCAGUGCCACUGCCUGCCGUGGUGAUCACGGCCGUCGACGUCACACCGUUGACCACCGACGUCUUUGUCCGUCUGCAGGUGACGACACACGUGGGAACCGUGACGUUUGGCUCGACACCCAGUGCAUACAACCCCGCCAGUGUCUACUGCAGUGCACAAGUCGCCAAGCGCAUUUUGGCGACGCUCUCGUACCGAGGACCAGCGACUGGCAGCGGUAACGACACAGUCACGAUUCGGGUGUCUAGUACCUCCGACGCCGACACCUCCGUGCUGGCGCUUCCUGUUACGUACGUAAACGCUCUACCGCCGCUGACUCUACAAAAGACCGCCGUUGUCCUUCACGAAGGUGGCACGGUAUCUCUCGACCACAUUCUCUCCGGCGGCACCACGGACACUGUCGUGGCAGUGCGUACGAACGUUGGAUGGCUGCGACUGGGAACCACCGAAUCUUCCGCGUGGGUCAAACAUCUGCUUGUACCGAUAUCUCGCGUCGAUGAAUUGCUCUACAAGCCCAGUGACCACUACCACGGGGACGACACCGUCUCGUUCACUGAUCCGACGGGCGUUGUGGUGACCCUGCCUCUCGCCGUCUUGGCUACGAACGACCCACCAACGCUGAACGGGACGCUCAGCGUAUCGCCAACGGGCUCGCUCUGCGGUCUCCAGAUCGACGACGUGGAUGGCAACGAAUACGCCAGCAACAGCUACGUGCUAACUGUACAGUCGCCGACGGGGUCGUUCUUAAGCACCGGUGCACCCGGCAUUCGCCUCCGCACGGUUCCCGAUGGCAUGACGCUUCAAGGAACCCUUGCAGCCAUCAACAGUGCUUUGCGCGACUGCGUCGUCCGCUUUACAUCACUGACGAGCGCCAAUGUCACAGUGUGUGUUCAAGAGUAUGAGACACUCCUGGCCGACCCAAGCCUACCCAAGUGCGUUCAAAGUACGGUGGAGAUGCCGCAGCGUGCGCCGACACCCCCCAAGCUCACCGCCUCGGCGACACCGGUCACUGUGCUCGAGGACAGUGAGGUAUCGAUUACGCCGUUCUUCACCAUCUCCAACGUCGAUGACGCAUUUGGCACCGUCACUGUCGUGUUCUCUGCCACAGCUGGGACGUUUGAUUUGAGCACGAUGGCGCCUUCUACAUGUGCCACCGUGACCGGCGACAGUGUCACUGGGCAUCCGAGUUGCGUGGCGUCCGUGCUAGCGACGCAGCCUGUUGUGUACCGCCCGGCUGCCAACGUCCAUGGGCCCGACGUCAUCACCGUUGAUCUUGGUUCAACGUCCGCGAUGCUCUUGGUCUGGAUUCAAAGCGUCAACGAUCCGCCGGUGUGGCGUGUCAACACGACGGCGUCGACAUGGCGUGUCGAUGCCACCGUCGUUACCUCGCGGGCGCUUCCCUUUUACGGCACGGUGCAUCUCGACGAUAGCAACGACUCGAAUUCCGACGUAUUGUCUUUGACACUGGCUGUGAACCAUGGUAUGCUCACGUAUACACUCGUACCGGGUACGUCGCUCCAGGCGUCGGUGUCGCCGCCACGCGUCGUUGUUCAGGGCACGGUCGCACAACUCAAUUUGUUCGUGUCCAGUCUUGCGUACACACCAUCCCACAGCGCCACCGAUGUUUUGUCACUCUCGGCAGUCGAUGGGUCGGCGGUCGUCGCACUGGAGAUAACUAUACUUGUGGCGUGCCAGCCAGAGAUCGCCGUUGUCACUACUGACGUGGUGGUCAGCGUCGGUGCCUCUAAAGUGCUCGACGGACUCUCCGUUGCAUUGGCGUGCGGCUCACGGCUACAAUUAUGGACGCUCGAGCUUACAGUGCAAUCGGGCACCUUGUACGUGCCGUCGCAGCCGAGUGCGACUCAGUACAUCAAGCUCACACAGUCGUUGCGGGAUCUUGAUGCUGUGCUUCAGCUUUUGCAGUACACGGCGCCGGCGCAGCCGACGACCGAUACCGUGUCGUUCCAGCUCUCCUCCAACGAUACGACACUGCCCACCGCAACCGUCCUGGUGGAGGUGCGACAGCAGUAUACACCACCGACUAUUCUCUGCGACACCCUUUCUCGGAACAUUCUUGCCGAUGCAGCAGUGACGCAAGCCCUUGGCGACACUGUCAUGCUUCACGGUGGCAGCGCCUCCACGUACGCGGUGACCGUUCUUGGGCAGUCGCCCAUGUACCUGCAGUUGGACCCGGCGUCCGCGUCAAUCUCAGCGUCGACGUUUGCACCGACGACGGAGGUGCUCUUUACGGGUCCGCUACCCCACGUUCAAGCGGCACUGAGCUUACUGACGAUGCACACCAACUAUACCGGCGUGCUACCGACCAAAGUCAACCUGACCGUAAUCAUUGCCAGUGUCGAGUCAAUGGCACCCGCAACGAACGCGACCUGCAACGUUAUGGUCGAGAUUAUGCCGACAAACCAAGCCCCGAGAAUCCACGCCCAGCCGGGUCGGCAGGCGCGCAACCAAACAUGCACGGCGGGCAGCGACGCUUGCCUCCUACCGGGCGUCGCCGUGACGCCUACGCCCACCGAUGCAACGCCGGUGCAAGUGUCGGCAACGACCGUGGUAGCCUUCGCACCUGCAAUCCAGGUGGUGCAGACUACCGUCGAUGUCCACCAAGAUCAAGUGUUUGACGUCGUCGUUGCUGCCCCGGCAGCGGGCACCAUCACGAUGCGUGUGACGUGGCAAAGUGCCGGUGGUCUCGUAGGACAGUCGACGUUCACAGUCGAUGCGACCGCUGUUGCAACAACAAUGGAAGAAAUCGGCGGGCGUCCGGCAGGCCAAGGCCUUGGCGGUUCAAUGCAGUCGCAAGUGCAGGCGGCGCUUUCGACGCCGGCGCCGGCUCAUAUCGACGUGACGUACGGCCCAACAAGUCGACAACACUGGAAGGUGGCAUUCGUCGUCGUCGCCACCGAGCUAUGGACGUUUGACAUGUCUCUGGUCUCGACGACUGGAAGCAUCGUCGUGAGCGUCCAACCGAGUGCACUGCUAUCUCACAUCUCAGGGUCGUUCCAGCUUCUCUUUCAAGGUAUCCCAACAACUGCCGUUGCUGCGUCGGCCUCGGCGCUCGACGUGCAGUUGGCGCUCGAGGCCCAUCCGCUACUGCAUCGCGUUGCCGUCACACGAACGCGACGACCCGACAAGAGCGGCGGGUUCGCGUGGACUGUCACGUUCCUCGACGCUGCGUACAACCUCCCAGUGCUGAGUGCCAACGCCUCAAGGCUCCUACCGCAGCCAGCAUCGCUUCUGGGUGCUGGCAACCGGACGUUUGGCAGCGCGGCGACAGUGCACAUAACGUCCUUGGAAGAAGGUUACGGAGUCCCCGAUGUAUACGACGUGAUACUAUCGGCGCAGCACGUCAACCCUGUCCUUCAAAUCGCGGUCGUUUCGUCAGCGUCGCUUGUCACGGGCGCCUUCUCUCUCCAAGUCGCAUUUCCCAACGGCACAUUGCGAACGUCGACGCCGGUGCAGUACAACGCCGUCGCGAUGGUCACCGACGAAGGCAUUGACGCGAGCCUUGGUGGCCGGCAAGGACAGUCCCUUGAGGCAGCACUCGUGACGAUGCUACCUGGUGUUGGCUGCCACAUUCAGCGAACCGGUCCCGUGGCCAACGGCGGCUACACGUGGACCAUCACCCUCUACAAGAGCCCCGCGUCGCUGCCUCCGCUAAGCGUCGUAUCCGCCUCGGGUGGGCUACAUGUUGCUGACGUUGUCGUGUCGACGGUGACGGCAGCCAAUGCGAUUGGUGGGACGUUUGUGUUGUCCUAUCGCAACGAGACAUCGGCACCGAUUCCGUUUGAUGCGUCGUCUAGUGCCGUGGCAUCUGCGCUUUUACAACUGCCGACCAUUUUCUGCAACGGACGGGGCCGCGUGCUUGUACGGGACUCGGACGUUGGGCUAAAUCUUGGUCGAACGUUCUCGGUCGUCUUCUUGGCUCGGUGCCACGAGUCACUCUUCGAGACGGACCAAACGCCGAUUGUGGUCGACGGCACAGGCUUGACCGGUCUCGGGUCAUCGGCAGUUGUACGUGCAACGGUUGCUGAAAGCUACGGUACACUGCGACUCGCGUCGGUUGCAAGUGCGCAAUCGAGUUCGGAUACGGUGCUGCAGCGUCAUGCCGGUCUCGACCUCAUGCUCCAAGGACGGCCUCGGUAUUUGAAUCCGAUGCUCCGUCAACUAGUGUACACACCAGAUGCCACUUGGUUUGGGACGCUGGAGGUCUACUGGUCGACGUCCGACGUCGCAUCGAGCUUGUCGUGGACGUCGCUAGCGCCUCAAACGAUCACGGUGCGACCGCCGACGCGCCGCCACACGUUCUUUACGCUUCACGGCUGCCACGCUCUCGAAGACAUGCCUCUGAGACUACAAGCAUUGACCUUGACGACGCGACGCACGCCGUAUUCGCUCGUCUCGCUGGCGCUAACAACCAACGUGGGGACACUGCGCUUCGGUGGCAGUGGCCCGUCGUCGCAACUCCAUGUAACGACGGCCGUAGCGCGCAUACCGUUCGUGGUGACCGACGUCGUCUACGAGGCGCCGAUGCAUUUCAACGGCGUCGAAGAACUCACCGUGGCGCUCGACGACGCUCCGCCCCAAGUGUUUCGAUUUCCUGUCUGGUCCGUUCCAGACGCCCCGUACAUCCACAUCAACGGCUCGGACCGAGGUGCGGUAGCAACCGGCGUCUUGCCGCCUGUCGCUUUGAAAAUGGCCCAAGACACCGUGCUUUCGAUGCCCAGCGCCUGGGUCGAAGACUACGACGACAGUGCCCAGUUGUGGUUGUUUCACAUUGCAACGUCUAUUGGCAGUGUCAAGUGCUUGAACUUGAUGCAGACGGUCGUCGUGACGUCAACACCGACGAUGCUGCAGUUUCAAGCGCCGAUCGCCAACGGCAACCGUGCCCUGCAAGGCAUGACCUACACGCCGCCCAAGGGCUACACCGGUGUCGCCACGGUGACGAUCGUUGUGCGCGGCACCAAAAGCUUCCUCGAGCACGUGCGACGCUUCGCUAUCACAGUCACACCGGUCGUGACGCUGCCAUCGCUUUCUGUAAGCCCCAGUAUCUACAGGGCGGUCGAAGAUCGAUCGCUGUCGCUACCGGGCAUUCAACUCGUGGCCGAAUCGUGGACACCGGCGCAGUACGCAACGGCAUCCGCAUCGGCGCUGUUUCGAAGCGAAGUGCUGCGACCAGACACGGUCAGUGGUGCAUGGGGCCAACACGACGACUGGCGCUACCGCCACGUAUCUAGCACUAGCAGCAACCCACAGUGGUUUUCGACGCUGGACAAUGUCCUCUACUACGCUGCCGACGACCCGGUCGCGGGACGCGAGCUGUUUGCCUCGGACGGUACCCGGUCCUGGCUUGUCGCGGAUGUCUAUCCGGGCUACAAAAGUGCGACCCCGACAUCAUUGGCAACGUUCAACGGCCGCGUCUACUUUAGUGCGUCGGGCCUCGACAUCGCGUGGCAACUGCCGGUGACGACGUACGGCUGCAGCGCCGCGCGGUCCAGUCCAUCCUUCCCAAAUGUGCUCUUUGUCGUCACGAUAACUUCCGUGUGGUCACCGUCGCGGGUGUACGACUGCCCGAUCGGAUACACCUGGAUGACGACGGCGGACGGCAUCCAAGUGUUCAACACCUCUGCGGGUGCCACCGAAUAUGUCUACUGGAACGAGUGCGGCUGGGACGGCUACACGUUCCUAGGCGCAACGCGCCAAUAUUUUCGCUUUGCCGACUCGAGCGCCACGGGUGGUAUGAAGCAUGCCGGCCGUCGGGUCGACUAUCCUGUUGAAUACUCGAUGGCAACAGAAAACUUUGCUGGCAUCGUGUGCGUGGCGUCGCCGACAACGACGCCUCUGCCGCCGCAGUUGUGGCACACCGACGGCACGACGACACAAAAGGUCCGUACGGCGUUGAGUCACCCAACCGCGCUGGCACCGAUGGGCUCGCGCUUUCUCUUUUUCCAGGCAUCGACGCUCGCGUCCGGGUCGGAGCUCUGUCGCUUUGACGGCACGACCAUCUACGAGCAAGAUCUCGCUCCUGGCAUUGAUAGUUCGUCUCCCGAAGGAUUUACGAGCUUUGCGGGGCAAGUCUACUUUGCAGCCACGACGGCGACGACCGGCCGCGAGCUCUGGGUGACGUCGAUCGCGGGCGCGAGUCCUUGGGCAACCAACGUGGCUGCCGAUAUUCACAGCGGUGCGCUCUCGUCCAAUCCAACGUGGCUGACAGCGUGCGGCCUGCAGCUGUUUUUCGCGGCCGACGACGGUGUCCACGGACGAGAACUCUGGACAUUCGAUGGCGUCCAGGCGGCACUCGUGACUGACCUGCUUCCAGGCAGCGCCAGCAGUGAUCCAAAGCAUGUGACGUGCUACAAAGGCAAAGCCUAUUUCCAAGCACUUGGAAGCAUGACGACCGGCGUCGAGCUCUACGUGUCGGAUGGCACGUCCGGUGGCACGAUGCUUCUUCUGGACAUUGCUCCCGGUGUCGCCAGUUCGAGUCCAUCGUACCUUUCGGUGCAGACGCAGAUGCGCGGCGGUGUGGCUAUCUCAACGCUCGUGUUUUGCUCCACCGCGGUGGCGUCGACAUGCCACUGGUACGGCUCGGACGGCUCGGCCGUUGGCACCAAGCCGCUCUGGAGCAGCACGACGGCACUGACAAUCAACCCAACGACGUUCCAGGUCGGCAACCUCGGCAGCACGAUGGUGUUUCCUCUCGUAUCGACGACGACGUCGAUGGCACCGGCACCACCGAUGGCUCUGCAAGUUGUGGAACUUUCUCUCAACACGUCGAUUGGAAGCGUCCGACUGCAAGCUUCCGAGAACGUACAAGUGCUGCAAGGUGGGUCGUUUGGUGCAUCGACGCACUGGGUGCUACGAGGUGCCGUGCCCGAUCUCAACGCAGCACUUGAAACGAUGGUGUACCGCGCACCGCUCAACUGGAACAGCAACGCUCCCUUGGCGGCAGCGGUGCCGUGGCGUGAUGCCCCGCCGCUCGCGACUUUGCACUUUACGUGGUCCGACAUUGCAAACGCUCUUACUGACACUGCGACUGCGAUCAUAUUUGUCCAGCCGGCGCCUGACCCGCCUGUAUUGCUUGUCGCCCACGCCACACCCGUACCAGGCACGCAUACGACCGACAACCUCUCCCCGUUGCUGUCGACGGUACCGACCCUGGUAGUGCCAGAAGAUGUCGUGAGCAUUGUACCCGGCCUCUCAAUCCGGGCAGUCGAUUGUAUCUGCAUUGGUGGUAACUACUGCAACGAUUGCAACGUGCGCGUAGUGAUCUCUGUCGCGCACGGCAUGGUAUCACUGCCGUCGACACGUGGUGUCGCCUGGGAACCGACGACAUCACCGAUGACGUGGCAUCUCACGGGCAAUGUUCCUGCUGUCAACCGUGCGCUGGGCCAACUCUCGUACCAAGGACGGGACAACUAUUACGGAACCGACGCCGUCGUGCUGAUCGUCUCUGUUCUCCAACCGCUCGCGAUUUCGGGGCUCGAAUCCACAGCCACCGUGCCCGUCGUUCUCACACCGGUCAACGACGUCCCCUACAUCGUUCUUGGUGCUGACUAUUACGACACGACGGAAGACGAGGCGCUUUUACUCCCUGGUUUUUACGCCGUCGACGCGGACAAUGACAACGUCUCGGUCGCGCUCACCUUGGACGUCGGUGCGGUCGCAGUAGCACACAAUGCAACUGUCGUCGUUGGCAUCGGCACUGGCGACACGACGCUGGUCCUGAACGGGACACUCUCGAUGAUCAACGCGGCGCUGGCAACCCUCACGUACAGGCCACUGCGCAACUGGAACAGCGCGGUGGGCGACAGCUACGACACGCUACAUAUGCGCAUCACCGACGUCGGCGGACUCGUUUCGUCCUGGCAAGUCACGAUCUACGUGGCGCCGGCGCCCGAUACGGUGCGCAUCUCGAUGCCCACUGUCGCAUUCGGCACCGCGACGCCAGCGGUUGCACCGGUAUCGCCGCUUCACACGAUGGAAGGCGCCGUCUUGCGCAUCGCCAACUUGUCGCUCUCGUGCGUCGACGCCGUUCCGACCAGCGUCGUUACGGCGACCCUUCGCGUUGCGCACGGCGGCUUGAGCGUCGGCGUUGCCAUUGGUGUCCAACGCACGUCGUUAACACCGACGGUACUCCAACUCGUUGGCACGUACGCCCGCAUCAACGCGGCGUUGGCAACGCUCGUCUAUGCGCCAGCGACGCACUACAACGGCGCCGACCAGCUGACGGUGACUGCGACGGCCUACGACGAGGCCAUGCCGGGCAUGUUUAGUCUCACUGGGCAGCGCAACAUUGGCAUCUCGGUGCUGCCCAUCAACAAUGCGCCAGUAUGGAGCCUCUCGGAGCGAACGUUUGUCCUCGACAAGUCGGUGCUGCAGCAAAGUGUAUCGAUCGAUGACCUCUCUUUUGCCGACCCGGACGCGCUCGACGAGGUGUUGGAGCUGACACUGGAAGCGACAUUUGGACAUUUAACGCUCAACCCGCACGCCACUGUUGUGCUCGUUGUCGGUGCUGCCGCCCAGAGCUCGUACAUCAUUGCGCGAGGCACCCAGACGCAGCUCAACCUCGCGCUAUCGUCGCUGCGGUUUGAGCUCGACUUGGCGGCGUACACGGGUGCGGAGGUGGCGACGGUUCAACCACGGGUCGUGGCCACGAUCGACGACUUGGGUAACCUUGGCGUUGGCGGUCCCAACGUCGUCCAGACGCGACUCUACGUGCGGAUCACGUCGAUUCAAAACAUGCCACCUAUCAUUACGCUUCCGGCAAUGCGCAUUCUGAUCCAAGAAGACACACCGUACGCACUGCAAGGCCUUGUGAUUACUGACGCCGACGUUGUUGAUACAUUUGGCAGCGAGGUGCAGGUGACGUUAGCGUGUGAUCAUGGACACUUUGAUCUUGAAUCGGCGACCGCCGGUCUCGACAUCCUCAAGCAUGAGCCUGGCCUCCUGCACGUCCAAGGGCCGUUGGAGCUCGUCAACUAUGCUCUACAGCGUGCCACGUAUGUCGGUACACGUGACUACUUUGGUCAAGACAGCAUCGUGGUGACGGCAAACGAUCUCGGCAACACGGGCACGGGCGGUCCACAGCAAGCGUCGGCGACGAUGGCCGUUGCCAUCGCGUCCGUGUGCGAUCCACCGACGUGGACAUCGACACCACCGACGCUUUUCUCGACACCUGAAGACACGCCGCUGCUGCUUUCCGGUGCGUUGCGUAUUUUGGACGUCGACGCCAGUGUCAUGGACGUCGAUCGCGUAUUGACGCUGUCCAUCUCGGUUGCGGUCGGCGGCGUCCUGCUUGCGACGCACGCGGGGCUUCACGUGACGGCGUCAGCGGCUAACGAUGGUGUCGGGCGUCUCUAUUACUCGACGGCGACGGUUGCUGGCACAGUCGACGACUUGAAUGCGGCACUGCGCGGCCUGAUGUACAUGCCUGCAGCCGACUGGACAACCGAACGUGGUGGUGGCAUCACAUACGACCGUGUGACGCUCGCCAUUGGCAGCAGUGCCUGCGCAUCGUCGGCACCUCCGAGUAGCAUCGUGCUGUUGGUGAACGUGGCGCCAAUCAACGAUGCCCCGCGGCUGGCACUGCCAUCAUGGGUCGCGCCCGGCUCCAUGGACGCUGCUGUCGUCGUCGACGAGGACACGGCCGUCGCCUUGGGCCCGAUCGGUGUGACCGAUGUCGAUUCGACGACACUGGUCGUCACGAUGCAGUGCUCGAGCGGCAGCGUCGCGCUGCCUUCCGCGCCACGCACCAUGUGGUUUUACGCGGGCGAGGCCACCGGCAGCGCUUCACUGUCUUUCCAAGGCACGCUGGAUGACGUCACCAUCGCUCUCGCCGACGUGACCUUUACACCGGCGCCGUACUAUGUCGGACGGUCCCUCAUCGUGCUCAACGUCUCGGACGGCACGACCCAUGGGACGAGCGCGACGUUUACAGUGACGACGCAAGCCGUGGCGACGCCGGUGCAGAUUCUUGUACCGGACGAGCCACCGGUGGCGGCUCUCAAUGCCACGACACGUCUCGGAAAUGUGUUCCUCCCCACGACCAUCACAGCCUUACAUCUCCCACCGCCCCCGUUCACGCUCUUUCAAACCAGCAUGGUGCAGCCUGACACAAAAGCCAAUGCCACCGACGUGAGCACGACGUGGCGAAGCGCCGAGGCAAGCGCGGAGGCCACGUCACCAACGCACUUUGCGACGUUCCAAGGGCGCCUCGUGUUCCAGGCGACGACACCUGCCGCCGGCACCGAGCUCAUGCAGACGUCGGGUGGUGUCACGACAGUGCUUGCCGAUCUGUAUCCUGGGCCAUUGAGCGGCCACCCGACAGAAAUGAUCGUUUUAUCAAGCGACGGCAACCUCUACUUUGCUGCCGAUGGGAUCGACACAUCGUGGCGCAUGCCGCCGUCGCACGCCGACACCUGCGGCGGCCUUCGUCGCAGCUCCGUGUCGCCGACCGUUGCCUUUGUGGUCGCCGAUGCUACGACGUGGGACCCCACAGCGGUGUACGACUGUCCAACCGGCUACGCGUGGGCAACGACGGCGCAAGGCCAGGUACUCUUUGUCGGCACGCAAGGCGCGAACGGAUCGCUUGCCGAGCCGCUAACGUACUUUGACCAAUGCGGCUGGAACGGGUACACGUACGGCGGUCGAAGCCGCCACUGCUUUCGGUUUGCCGACUCGGGGACCACCGGCGCUUGCAAGCACGCGGGCCAGCGCGACUCGUUCCGCAUCGAACUCGAUGUGUCGACGAAUAACUUUGCCGGGAUCGUGUGCGUAGCAACGAUGUCGACGCCGACGCGAGGGCGGGAACUCUGGCGCACCGACGGCGUCGUGACGGCGCGCGUCACGGACAUCGCGAUCGGCCCCGACAGCGCCAACCCAAAGUACCUCGCCGAGUACAACGGCCAACUCUACUUUCAAGCAUCCACGCAAGACCUCGGCGCGGAGCUCUACACGUUUGACGGCACUUCUGCAACAAUCGUGGCAGACAUCGUACGUGGGAGUCGCAGCAGCCACCCGCGGGAUCUCACCGUCCACGGCGGCGCCCUGUUCUUUUCCGCCGACUCGGACGUCUUUGGCGUCGAAUUGUGGACGUUUGACGGAACGCACGCGCUCCUCGUGCACGAUAUCUGCACCGGCGUCUGCGCGUCGUCGCCAACGUCGCUUGUGGCGUUGCCCAACUGGCUGCUUUUCCAAGCCGACGACGGGGUUCACGGCGCCGAACUUUGGAAAACCAACGGUGCAACCACGUUGCUACUGCUGGACAUUUACCCGGGACAUAUCGGGUCGGGACCGUCGAUGCUCACUCGGUUCGGCGCCCACGUCUAUUUUGCAGCCAACGACGGCGUGCACGGCACCGAGUUGUGGGUCACGGACGGCGACAGCGCGAGUAUGCUCGUCGAUAUCGUCGCCGGCGCGACGUCGUCGUCGCCGCAGUACUUUACCGUGGCGUCCGCGGGCGUCCGCAACACGAUGUCGGCGCCACCGACCCUGUACUUUGUGGCCACGACGGUUAACGGUCAACGGACGCUCUAUGCGACCGACGGCUCGGUCGGAGGUACCCAAUGGGUCACGGCACCGGUCGCGGUCGAUGAUGUCGCGCUGCACGCGAUGCCACGACCGGCACUUGGGAUUGCGCAGUCGACGCUCUUUUACCCGGGGAGACAUCCGCAACUGGCGUGGGCUUCGAUGUGGAAUGGCGUGCAACCGUUUGCGCCGCUUUCACGUCCGCAAUCGGUCUACCUCGUGGACGUCGACCAGUCGACAGCGCUAGCGACACUGACCAUCUCGGCCACCCUGGGUCGUGUUGUCAUCGCCACGACAUCAACACGUGUUACUUUUGUCGUUGGCGCCAACGGGGUCCCAAGCUCGACCUUGACGCUACACGGUGCGAUACUGGACCUCAACAUUGCCCUUCGCGAUGUCUUGUAUGUGGCCCCCGCGACUGCGGCCGGCGACGACACGGUCGCGCUCUCGAUCGCACGGCAAGGCGAUUGGUUGGCCCCAAGCACCGCGUCGUUCCCGGUGCGCCUUUUGUCGCAAUAGCCACCACGAUGACGCACCAAGAAAUAUAUUUGAACCAAGU